UCUGUACAACAUGUUCUACACAAGGUUCUGCUUGUUCAAACAAGCCUACUUGCACCGUGUAGGCAAGGCGAUAGAGGAGAUGAUUACAGAUGCUUUUCUGAAAGCAGAUCCACACAUCCAGAUUGAAGGCAGUGAAGGGAUCAUGUUCACUCUGUCCACAGCUAUAGAUGACAUGGUGGCGUACACUAAGCUGACAGAUAACGUGUUUGAACAGAUACUGAACCACAUGUCUUCUAAUCCGGACCUUGAAUCGGCAGAGUAGAUACUGCGCAGAAUACUUAAGCGGGACCUCUACAGGUGUCUGGGGGAAUUUCGCCCUGAAAAAUCAA